AGGAGCAGCACAGGAGCGAGGAGGCGCGAGGAGGCGCGGGAACCACACCAGAGGAGGCGCGAGGAGGAGCGGAAACCACACCAGAGGAGCACGCAGUGUCCAGGCUCGAGUCAGGAGUGUAACCGCCGUGUGUGUGUGUGUGUGUGUGUGAGAGAGAGAGAGAGAGAGAGAGCCGCUGGAAUGUGAUGUCUGACCUGCAGGCUUGUGUUUUGGUGAAGUUGGGUUUUAGCACGGAGAGAAAACACGCUGCUAACUGGUUAGCUGGUUAAAUUAGUUAAACCCGUGUUGUAGAUGUGUGAAGGUGAUGAGUGUCGCAGGGUUGGGGAUAAACCGAGCCAAACUCUGGACAUAAACCAUGUUAAACUGUGAGUGAGUGAGUGAGUGUGUGUGUGUGUGUGUGUGAGAGAGAGAGAGAGAGAGAGAGUGUGUGUGUGUGUGUGUGUAAGCUCUGUGUUUCCUGUCUCCUCACCAGCUGUAGAUAGUCUUAGAGAUGACACGGGUAGUUAGUUAACACUAACCAGCAGUGCCUCCUGUUGCUCUGAAGCUGGUUAAAGCGACAGGUUUCCAUUACCUGUGUGUGUGUGUGUGUGUGUGUGUGUGUGUGAGUGUGUGUGUGCGCCUUGUUCUUGAGUCACAAUGGCCGUGUGCUGUCCUCUUCGCCUCCCUUCACCCCCCCAUGAGCUCAGGAGACUCCUCACAGAUGUGCCGCGCGUGUCUUCGACGCUUUCGCCUCCUCUCACCUCCGAGCUCGGCCUUUCCUCGUGACCGCUCCUCUAACGCGGCGCUCUCACACCGUCUGAUCAAGAUGAGCUUCAUAUAUAAAUAACACAGAAUCUCCAGGCUGUUAGAAAUCGCCGCAGCUCGGGCUCGUUCGGUCAACGAUGAUUUAUGGAUUAAUACCUCUGGAGUUACACGAACAACUCCUCGAUCAUGAGAACUACCAGAAUCGAACGAGCGGUGUCGAAGAGCUGAAAUCCCUCCUGUCCGAGCUGGACUUAAAAUCCGUUCCCUUCGACACCAUCGUGGAAUUCGUUUACUUUUUAGACAAACUCCUGGACGACCCAAACUUUAAGGUCUUGUACGGCACUUUACAGGUCCUGAACCUCCUCGUUCAGAAGCUCGAUGGCGAUGUGGACCGGUACUACAGGCAGAUCGUCCAGGUGGCCGUUAAAACCCUGGGGGACACGCGCACCGUUCCCAGGAACGAGUACAUGAUGAUUUUCCGGCAGCUCAUGCGGGUCGUAGGGCCGCAGAAAGUCCUGGAUCUCUUGACGCGACACUUGAAGCACAAAAACUCCAGAGUGCGAGAAGAUGUUCUUAAUGUCAUCACAGCCGCCGUGCUCGCGCACCCCAGGAAGGACUUUAACAUCCCGCACCUGUGUUUCCUGGUCGCUCCUUAUCUCGCCGACAGCAAGAAGAGGGUGCGGCACGCGGCCCUGGAGCUCUUCGCCGUUUUCGAUUACUGUCUCGACACGGGCAAGAAGCAGCCGAUCAUGAAGGCUGUAGACAGGGUGGAGCUCACCGGUGAUGCUGACGGCCUCAUGGCCGCCGUACAGGCGAGAAGAGCCAGACACAUCCUCCCCCGGCUGUCCGCAGACGGUACGGUGGAGUACGCGCUGGUUCUCCCCAAACCCGGCCAGCGGCGCACGCCCCAGUUCGGAUCCGGCGCCGAUCUGGACUGGAUCCUUAACGGAGGGAGAUCGAACAGCGCCAGGAGCCACAGGACGGACGUGGACUCGGAAGGUAUGAGUGCCUACAGCAGCGUCGGGUCUCUGACCGACGAGACGUCGUUACAGAGGAGGAUAAUGAGCGCCGGCAAGGGUAAGAACAAACUGCCCUGGGAGAGGUCCAGCCUUCUGUCCGCAGGAGAUCAGGAACCCUGCGGCGUAUCGAACGGGAAGUCUACCAACAAGUCGAGUCUUGAAGAUCUCACGACGUCCUCGAGACUGAAUCAGGAACCCAGUGUCACACACUCCGCAGAACCAAUUCAGUCACAAACUUCUGGCCUGAGGAGAGACCCCGCAGCCAGACUCCGGCGAAGCGGCAGCCUAGACUCGAACCCAGACAUCUUCAAAGCAGCCAGCUCCAGGGACGCUGACAGAGGUCUUCCCAGGACCGGUCGGCUCCCGGGGUCCGGAAACUCCAACGUGGAGCGGACUUUCUCUCUUCCCUCUAAUCCCACUCCUCCUGGCUCCUUUCUGCUGCCCUCCUACCCUCUGGCCAGUCUGACGGGGGUGCAGUUAACUCCCACGCUGUCCCGCAGAUCCCACGCUGACUCCGCCCUCUCCAUGUCCAACACCUGGCCCAACAACCAGGAGAUAAGCCCGCGACACAGGGAGCCCAGUCCAUGGAGGAAUACUAAUGGUGAGGCCGGCUCCUCCAGGUGUUCUCCAAGGCACACUUCUCGAACCAGUAUUGCGGCGUCCUCGUCGUUUCCUCAGGCUCUGAACGCAGUCAGGUCCUCUCCACCCGUCUCCCCGAUCACGCAGCUGCCUGUGAAGGACGUGGGGAACCCGAGGGAUCAGCGGAGUAGGAAUCUCCACCUCGACCUGACCGGAUUGAACCUGCAGGACCCAGAUGAGGAGCCCGUGGACAAGGAUGAGAUGAUGAACUCGCUGCGCUCCUUGCGUAACAGCGCAGCUAAGAAGCGAGCGAAGGCGAGCGCGAGCGGCUCCGAGCCGGAUCCAGACAGUCCAGACUCGGCUGUUAAACUCGAGCCGAACCUCGAUUCGUCGUCUCAGACGUCUCCGUCAUUAACGAGCCCGCUGAGUGACAGCAGCCUGUCCAGCCUCUAUUCUCCAACCACUCCUACCAUCAACGGCACCAAGAGCAGCCCAGGAAACUCAACAGCGAGAACACGGUUCACGAGAGUUCCAUCAGGGAGAAAGAAAACCCCUUCAAUGGGAGCCGGUCCUCAAGGUGUCGUACAGCAGGAGAAGCUCUGUACCGAUGUGAGCGUCAGCGUUGUUGGUCAGAGAGUAUCGUACUCUAACGGAGCAGCAGAGGAGAAGCCAAGAGACCCGUCUCCGCCUCUGCAAGUCAGACCUGCAGGACGCGAGCCUCUUAGAGCUCUGAGGCCGGCCAAAGGAUCUCAGAUGCACAGCACAAAGGCCUCUGGUGUUAAUGACAUGUCUGAGGGGAUAGUUGGCAGGGGGGUUUUCGGCAGCAUGGUUCUCCCGAGUCGUCUCGACGUGGCGGCGUGUCCCGAGCAGGACGGGUCCGUGAACAAAACCUCGUACGAACCACCAGCUGGAGUCUACGGCCACACUGUCUCUGGGAGUCACUUCGAAUCUGAUGACGAAGCUGAAGAGGGAACGGACAGGAUGAAGCUGUCCAAGUUCACGAGGGACAAGAUGCGGCACCACUGGUUAGAACAGCAAGAAGCCCCGCCCACACCGCGAAUGAGGCAGAGCCGUAGACGUGUAACAGCGGAGGUAACCACGGAUGAAGCAGCGUCUCUAAAAGAGAUUCAGCUGAACGGUUGCGUUUUACCCUCCAAUAAGACUGAAAUCCUCAAAAGGGAAUCACUCAGAAGUCCUACAGGUGCACAGGGACCCCAGAAUCCUCAGAAAUGUUCCAGCCCCCAUCAUCAGCCGAGUCCUCCCGCAGGCGUCCCGAGCAGACACACGCCCCCUCGGCGGAGAAGAGCUCCCAGUCUGACCCGAGCACAGCCGUCUCUGUCCAACAGCUCGGAUGACAUCAUACCGGGUACCCAAAAGAAGGAUCCCAGCGAGCAGGUGGAGCUGAGACCGUUCUCCAGACCCGAGCUCGCUCUCACGCAGGGCUUCAGACUGCUCAGCUUAGACGACUGGGAGAAGAAAAUUGAGGGUCUCGUGUGCCUGCGCUGUUUGGCGCGGUAUCACUCUGAUGUGCUUAGCAGUAGACUUCAUGAUGUCUGCCUUGCUCUUAUUCAGGAGGUUCGGAACCUGCGCUCUAGCGUGUCCCGCAUCGCCGUGGUGACUUUAGGUGAGCUGUACUCCGGCCUGCAGAAGGGAAUGGACCAGGAGCUGGAGGGAACAGCCAGAGUGCUGCUGCACAAAGCAGGAGAGUACAACGCUUUCAUCAGGCAGGACGUGGAUGCAGCUCUGGAUAGCAUGGUGCAGAACUGUACGCCCACACGCAGCAUGAACGCACUACUCACCGGAGGACUCGGGCACUUGAACGCAGUCGUAAGGAAGUGCACCGCUCAGCACUUGAACACUCUGGUGGACAAGAUCGGAGCUGGCCGCUUACUGUCUGGCGCUAAAGAUCUCACUGACCGGAUCCUACCUGCUGUCUCCAAGCUGGCGCAGGACUCUUCACAGGAAACCAGAUAUUUUGGUCGGCAAAUGCUGCUGUUCUUGUCGUCUCACCGUGACUUUGACAAGAUGGUGGAAAAGUAUAUCCCUGCCAAAGACCUGGCAACCAUCAGGGACACCGUCGCCAGUCUGAAGACCAAGGGACUGGGUGAGAUCCCUCAGGACACGCCUUCGGCUCGCGGCAGGCGCUCUAUGUCCGGCGGUGGGUUGGUGCGCGCCUCGUCUCUCACCCGCGAACCUCAGUUCUCCAGCAGCAAAGACGGCAGCAAAGCUCAGUUCCACAGCAUCGCAGACAAAACCGAGUACGUCAAGCAGCUCAGAGCCCUGCUGGCCUCCAAAGACUUCCGGGAACGCAUCAGGGGCAUCGACCAGCUGGUGGCUGACUGUGAGGAAAACCCUUAUAUGGUCAUGGGCAACAUGUUCCCGGUGUUUGAUGCUUUUAAAGAACGGCUACAGGAAUCGAACAGCAAAGUGAACCUCUACGCGUUGGAAGCCUUACAGAAGAUAAUCACCAUCCUUAAAGACAACUUGGUCCCAGUGGUCCACAUCCUUGUUCCAGCUGUAGUGGACAAUCACCUCAACUCGAAGAACAACGGCAUCUACGCGGCUGCGACAGGGGCCGUCCAAGCACUGAUGGAGAACCUGGACAACACCCUGCUACUUCAGCCGUUUUGCACAAAGGCCCAGUUUCUCAGUGGGAAGGCUAAACUGGACCUUGUAGACAGAGUUGCAGAGCUGGUCAGAGAGCUGUACCCCCGCAAGCCCCAGCUGGUCGAGCAGAAAGCGCUCCCUCUGCUCUGGCACCUCCUCAGCUCCUCCUGCAAGAGCGGCACGGUCCACGGCAGGAGCGGCACCAUGAGAGGAGCCACCGCCAACCUGUGCCAAUCGCUGCACGCUCACAUGGGCACGACGCUGCUGCUGAAUCACGCUGCUUCUCAACCUUCUAACAUCUCCACGGGCCUGAACGAGAUCCUGCAGACCCUCUGAGCUGACAGACUACUUGAAAAUAGAGAUGUUCUCACGUUUUUCACAGUGCCUGCACUUUAAAAUAAACCAAUCAGAGUUUUUAUCCCUUACAAACAAGCAGAAAUGUUGCAUAAAACGUUUUGGACUUUAAAAGAGUUCGCUGUAGAUUUUAGCUAAUUGUGUAUCAGGUUUAAAAUUCCCUUUCGGCACUUUGAAUCACUAACGCUAUCAUGAGCAUGGCCGUCGUGGUGACUUGAGGUGUAUAUUUUAUUCUGUGAUUUGUUGAUGUUGUUUUCCUCUUAUUGGGUUUUUACAGAAAUCUCGACGUGUCCCCGUUCAAUGAUGCAGAAUGUGAGUUUUGUGUCAUGUGACUUUUCUACCAGGAUUCUUAAAUGGUUGUUUUAAACCUUUUGUGCGUUUGUGAUUUCCUGACACUUUUGUAUCGUGUAGGUAUGAAGUGUAACGGCACAGUAUUAGCUUCAUAUACACUAUAUUCACCCGCGGUAUCUAACGUGUCGUGUACGAGUGUGCAUCUAUAAUGAUUUAUUAACUGAUAAGUUGGACCUGUCUUACCUACCUAUCCUUUUUGCAUGACCAAAUAUAGAAGUGGAGUGAAGAGUAUAUUUCUAGUGGAAAAAAACAAACAUAUAUAUUUUGAUGUAUACAGAUAUUUAACUCUGGAUGUAAGCAGCCAUAUUUUUGGUGAACGUUAACAGGCUAAACAAAACAUUUGGAGAAAUUUAGCUUCAAACUAAUAAAUAUAUUUCUAGUCUACAGAUGAAUUUACGCCCAGGUCUGUAAUUCAGUCUAGUGCCAGUCUUUAAAUAAAGUUUCAGAGAUCUAAUGUUAAUUUAUAUUGAAUAUGUUUCUCAACAUGGUGUAUGAAAAAGAUUGAUCUAUAUAUUAAAAUGUUUUAUUUCAGUAAA